AUGCGUGACCACAGUGACGGUUCCGACGUCUCAGACAACUCACCCACGACCUCGAAACCAGCCUUCAACCACAUCGAGCAAAUCCACACCAACGAGCAAGUCCCCGGCCAUACCAAUUACUACGAGAAAGAUGGCCUCCGAACAGCCGGCGACGGCGUCGAUCACGAGGCCGACGUCCCCAUGAACUUCACUCGAAUCAUGGCACUAGUUGCCAUGGCAUUUCUCUGGACAGGCAGCCAGAUCCCCGUCUAUCUCUUUGGUGGUGUUCCUCCUUACAUUUAUGCAGACCUUGGUGGUGCCGAUAGAUGGAUCUGGUUUGUUCUCGCCAAUCUUCUCUCUCUCGCUGCAAUCUGUCCGUUCGUUGGAUCCAUCUCAGAUAUCGUCGGCCGAAGAUGGGUCGCCAUGAUCGGUGCUUCCUUCCUCAUCCUAGGCAUGAUCAUCUGUUCGACAGCGCAUACCAUGAACACCUUCAUCGCCGGCAUGGUGUUCUCUGGUGUCGGUGCAGGCAUCAACGAACUAACGGCUCUAGCUGUCACAUCAGAGCUUGCGCCUACGAGUCAGCGAGGCAAGUAUGUCGCCAUACUUGUCUUCACUAUCAUCCCGUUCUGUCCGUCAGUGUUGUGGGCUCAGCUCAUCGCUUCGACAUCGACGGGUGCAUGGCGCUGGAUUGGCCUGUGGUGUGGAGUGUGGGCUUUCAUCGGUCUCGUCUUGACGGCAGUUUUCUACCACCCACCUCCACGGGUUAACAGCGUAGGUAUGAGCCGCAAGGAGACUCUUGCACAAAUCGACUACGUCGGCGGUUUUCUCUCUGUCGCUGGCAUGAUCUUGUUCAUGAUGGGAAUGCAGUGGGGUGGUUACCAGUACAAGUGGUCCAGCGCACACGUCCUCGCACCGCUGAUCUUAGGUGCCGCCUUCAUCAUUGCCUUUAUCUUGUGGGAAGCAUACGGCGCGAAACAUCCCAUGUUCCCAAAGAGACUUCGCCAGGAGCCUCGCAUUCUAGGGUUGACACUCGUCAUCACGUUUAUUUCUGGAGCCAACUUCUUCUCAAUUCUCAUGUUUUGGCCAACCCAGGCCUUCAAUGUGUAUGGGCAUGACCCUGUCGGUGUUGGCCUCCGAGGUCUCCCAGUUGGCUUUUCGAUCCUGGCUGGUGCUUGUAUCGUAUUGUGGUUGCUUUCCAUGCUUCGUGGUCACAACAAAGAGCUCCUGAUUGCUUCGUCCAUUUUGAUGACUGCAGGCUGCGGUGCGCUUGCAGUUGGGCGUGUCGACAACUUGGCUACACUAUGGGGAUUGCUGGUCCUGGCUGGUCUUGGAAUUGGUGGCAUUGUCGUACCAGCAUCCAUCAUCUCUACUAUCAUUUGCCCAGACGACCUCAUCGCAACCGUCGCAGCUCUCACUCUCGCCAUUCGUGUUAUUGGUGGCUCGAUUGGAUACUGUGUUUAUUACAACGUCUUCAUCUCCAAAUUCGUCCCAGCCGCGACUCACUACAUUGGUGGAGUGAUGGUGACACAACUCAACAUUACAUCUCCAGAGAUCAUCGGAGAGGCAAUCACUAUCACUGGGGCCUCGCUGCUCCCAGCCCUCCAGGAGCUUCCGGGCAUCAAGGGUGUGCCAGGUGCGUACGAGAUGGUUGUUUAUGCAGGUCAGCUCGCGUACGCAGAGGCGUACAAGUACGUGUACUAUGUGAGCAUCGCAUUUGGAGGAGUCAGUAUCAUCGCGGCGUGCUUCUUGGGCGAUAUUUCCAAGUACAUGGACGACCAUGUCGCCGUGGUGAUGCACUGA